CCGGCGGAAGAAAGGCCGGCGGGUGGAAGAGCGGACGGGAGUGGAGUGGAGAGGAGUUCUCCGCCAGCCAGCCAUCUCCAGAGGAAGAGGAAGAGGAAGAGGAGGAGCCUCUCCCGGUGCCGGUUUGGCCAUGGAGGCGGAGACGCGGAGCGUGCAGAUCCAGUUCCCGCAGUACGCGUCGGUGCUGCUGGAGUCGCUGAACAAGCACCGCCUGGAGGGCAAGUUCUGCGACCUGGCGGUCCACGUCCAAGGGAGGGUCUUCCGGGCCCACAAGAGCGUCCUGGCGGCCGCCUCGCCCUACUUCCAUGACAAGCUCCUCCUCCACGACACCGACUGCCUGGUGCUUCCGGCCGUCAUUGAGCCCGAGGCCUUUGAGAACCUGCUGCAGCUCAUCUACUCAGGUCGCCUGAGGCUCCUCCUGGAGGCCCUGCCCAGCCACCUCCUCGUGGCCAGCGGCCUCCAGAUGUGGCAGGUGGUGGACCAGUUCUCGGCCAUCCUCAAGGAGCUGGACGGUGGGCCCUGCCGGCCUUGGGGCCUCCCCCGAGCCGCCGAGAGCCAGUCCCCCAGCAGCAGCAACUACUUCGCUGGCCCCCGGGAUGAUGACGGGGAGGGGGCUGCCCUUGCUGGGGCUGCGGGGGGAGCCGAGGGCGAGGAGGAGGAAGAGGGGGAGGUGGUGAAGAUCCGGGUCAACCACGAUGCCGAAGAGGAGGAGGACGACGAAGAGGAGGAAGAGGAGGAGCAGCAGCAGCAGCGGCGGCAGCUCCGCCGGGGCCCCGUCCGCAGUGAGGGGGGCCCCUCUGCCCAGACCAGGGGCCCACGCGGGGACCAGGGCGCCCCCUCUUCCUCCUCCUCCUCUUCCUCCUCUUCCUCCCAUGACGCCGCCCCUCGGGUCUUCUACAUCAAACAGGAGCGCUUUGACCCCGGGGAGGGCCCCGCCGACGGGGGGUCCAUGGGGAGGCCCUUGGGGCCGGCGUCCGAGGGCCCCUCGGGGCUCUGCCACGCCGAGAUCCAGGAGUCGGGGCAGGUCAGCUACAUCUUUCCCGGGGGGCCCUCGUGGCUCUCUCCGCCCCCUCCGGCGUCCGGCUUCUCCGGCAAAGGCGGGGGCCAGGCUUUCUCGGCGGAUUCGGUGGCCUUCCCCGAGAGCUCCUGGAAGCCCCUGGACCUCCACGGCAACGAGAUCCUGGCCCAGGCGGCCCACGGCCAGGCGGCCCACGCCCCGGUGAAGCUGCUCUCGGCCCCCGACGGGAAGCGCUUCGGCUGCCUGUGCGGGAAGCGCUUUGCGGUGAAGCCCAAGCGGGACCGGCACAUCCUGCUGACCUUCAGCCUGCGGCCCUUCGGCUGCUCCGUCUGCAACAAGAAGUUCAAGCUGAAGCACCACCUGACGGAGCACAUGAAGACCCACGAGGGCACCCUCUACGCCUGCGAGGACUGCGGGCGCAAGUUCCGCGUCCAGAGCUGCUUCCUCAAGCACAAGGAGCUCUGCAAGGGGCAGGGCUGGGCCACCGCCUGCUGGACCUACAAGUAGCCACCCCCCCCCCCCCCCCCCCCGACCGAGAGCCCUGCCCCGCCGGCAGAACUCUCAGCACGGCCCACGGACAGAAGGACGGCGAGGACACCGGAGGGACCGCCUCCGUUCCCAGGACGGGUCCCUCCACAGAGGGAGGAGGACUUGUGGGGCUUAGGCAGGG